GUCUUAUCAUUAAGCAUACUUCCCAUUCCUUAGGUUUAUAAACUAUACAGUAUUUUGUUUGUCGCCCACUAAUCGCUCUCUACUACCUUUUCACUUUUCACUCGCUUUCAGUAUUCAGCAUUCGGUAUUUCAGGCUCUGGCAAGUUACAACUAGACUAGUCAGUAGUCACUAUAUACUGGUCACUUUAUAGUCCGUAUUCAUUCAUUAUUCAGAUUUCACAUUAAGUUGACAGUUUGAGACCACAAAAAUUAUAUACAUAAUCGACUAUUGAUUACGGAAGCUCUUGUUGUCACUUAACAUUUAUCAGUCGUUGUGAGAGAUAACGCGUUGCAUUUCAUUAUUUCACCGUAGCCUACAACCCAUAAGGCCAUAACAACUAUAUUCUAGAUCUUUCGAUAGGUGAUAGGUAGCAAAUCGUUAUCGUGUAAUUCGUGUUUAAACUUUUAUCCACUUCGCAGUUCGGGGCGUUCGGGCCAUUCAACAGUGUACAGACGACACGAACGGUCUGUCAACGGUAAUAUUCCAAUAGCGGUUAUCGAGGCCUGCGCACAGGCGCAUUGUCACGUUGGUCCCAUCGUCCAUCGGUUGCGCACUUGCGCGUCGUUAUCUCGUCACACGCAGCACUGCAGCAGUAGACCUAAAUCGCUCGUCGGUAGUCGUCAAAAGUGUCGCUCCGAAAUACGAAUCGUAAACGCAGUGUUACAGUGAACAGUACUGAAUAAUACCCAUUACGAAGCAGACGAUCAGUUACAUAACUGCCGUUUGUAGCUUGUACGGAUUCACGAAGACAGAGGAUUAAUUGGACCAGUUUAUAAAUAACAUUUGCAAUGAGUACGUGGCAACAAACACAAACUCCGUAUGGAUCAGGAGCUGCACCACCACCACCUGGAUUUUUUCCACAAGGUGCACCAUAUCCAAAAGCUGACGGUGGAUAUCCUGCUGCUGGAGGUUAUCCUGCUGCUGGUGGUUAUCCUGCUGGCGGUGGUUAUCCUGGUGGUGGAUAUCCUCCCCCAUAUGCACAACAAAAUAUGCCUUAUUAUGGAGCAGGGAUACCAGAUAAUUCUCAAAAUAAUAGUUUUAACGCACCUGAAAACUUUGGCUUUAGCGAUAAAACUAUACGUAAAAACUUCAUAUGUAAAGUUUACAGCAUUUUGAUGUGUCAGCUACUUAUCACAUUAACUUUUGUGGCUAUGGCAACUCUUCAUGAUGCCACUAGAGCUUAUGUAAAAUCACAUCCUGGGUUAAGUAUCAUUGCAAUUAUCAUUACUUUUGGUACUUUAAUUGCUCUCGCAUGCUGUGAAAACUUACGUCGCAAGAGUCCUACCAACUUUAUUCUUUUGUUCGUAUUCACCUUAGCUGAAUCAUUUUUAUUAGCAGUAUCUGUGUCACGUUACUACCCAGAACAAGUGCUGUUGGCUCUUGGUUUAACUACAUUGAUAUGUUUUGCUCUUACAAUAUUCGCUUUUCAGACUAAAAUAGAUUUUACAGUAAUGGGUGGUUUUUUAACAGUAGCUGUAAUAGUUUUACUGGUUGCAUCUAUUGUCGCUAUAUUUUUUCCUGGUAAAUUGAUGACCCUCAUAAUUGCAUCUGCAGGUGCAAUUAUAUUUUCCUUAUAUCUUAUUUAUGACACCCAAAUGAUGGUUGGUGGUGACCAUAAGUAUUCAAUCUCUCCAGAAGAAUAUAUAUUUGCAGCAUUAACCAUUUAUGUAGACAUAAUAAACAUUUUCAUGUACAUUUUAGCCAUAAUUGGAGCUUCAGGUGAUGAUUAAACAUUCAUGUGUAAAGAUUUAAAUAUAUACAAAUAAUAAUGAAACUGUUGAUUGUUUAUUUAAAUUAAAGAUGUAGAUUAUUAUUCCUUUUAGCUUUAAUUUUUCUGAUUAAAUAUAGUUAUUCUGUUAUUUUGUGUUCAGCGAGUCAGUUUUCAUAAUAUUUAAUAUUUACUCACUUAUUCUCACUAAAUAUUUAUAUAUGUUUAAUAUAUAAUACGAAAAAAUGUAUUAAAAAACACAUUUUAAUAACAUAUUAUUAAAUACUUUGUGUGAAGCAAAUGUAUUUCAUACUUAUAAUCUAUAAGUAUUUCUAUUAUACAUCAUAAAUUGUUUUAUACAUUUUUUAUGAUUAGCCAAAAUUGUAUAACAGACAUUUAGUAUUUUCGACAUUUGCAGUUAUAAAACAUUUAAAGAAUAUAACAAAUUAAAGUAACAAUUAAAGGAUUUUGAUAUUAAUUAACAAAAUACAUUUUUUUUUUAUUUAAUACUU